AACAUCUUUGAUGAAACGUCACGCGAGUCAUUUGGCCAAUCACAAUCACUGACAUUAGUUUUGAGCCCUUCUGAGUUUAUAGGUAUGAUAUCUGGAGAACAACCCACAGUGGAGACUGCUACUGGCAAAGUCACAGAAAUGGACACAACCGCCACCGAAGCUGAGCAUGAGAAGAAAUCAGUUCGAGGCAGAAGGGCAAAAACAGCUGAGGAUAAACGAGAGGCAGCAGAACAGCCUGAAGAUCCCGUCGUCCCUGCUCCAGUCAGAGGACGAAGAGGGAAGAAAACUGAAGCUUCAGCACCACCUGCUGUGAAACAAACAAGAGGCAGAAAUGCAAAGUCUCAAGAAGUCGGGGAUGUUGAGCUCGCAAUGGAGAAAAGUGUGUCCCUGCCUCCCAAAGUUGCCUUUAAGCCUAGAAGAGGAAGAAAUGCUAAAACAGCUUCUGAUGAUCAACCUGAGAUGGGACCAGAGAAAGCUGUGGAAACAACACUGGUGACUGAGAUUUCCACUGAAGCUGUGAGUGACCAGACUCCAAUAAAAGAAAAUGAUUCUGCCCCCCCUGCAGAGGAAGCUGUCCUGAAGCCCGUUAGAGGGAGAAAAACUGAACAAACUCCUGUUGAGCCACCUCAGCCGGAGCCAGUGAAAAAGGAAGUUGUGAUUAAUGAGCCUCUUACAGCAGAUGCACAACCUCAAAAGUCCAUUCCUACUCUUGGAAAACCCAGGAGAGGGAGACAGACAAAGCCUGAUGCUGUUGAACGGAAUGAGGUGAUGGAAGACGCAGUUGUUGCUGUGGAGACCAAGCAGCAGUCUCAGCCUCCACUCAGGGCUAAGAGGGAAAGAAAUGCCAAACAGGAAGAAGACAAGCUGGAGUCUACUUCCGUUGAGACUGCUACAUCCCAGGAGCCAGCUGGAAAACUGAGGAGAACCAGGAAGGCAGAGCAAGACGUAGGACCGAGAGAAGUCCAAGCCAUUGAAAUGGUUAUUCCAGAGAAGACUGAAGCUCCACUUGUUGCUGAAUCAGUGAAGAUGGAUGAACAGACUACAGUGGCUGCAAAACCCAGGAGAGGAGGGUGGAAAGCAAAACAAGGCCCUGCGGAGUCCACUGAGGUCCAAAAGGCCCCUGCCGUCAGCUCCACAGACAAACUCAAAAGGGACAGGAGAGGAAAACAAGUUACUGAAGAGGUUGGAGUCACAGCUGUAGUACCAGAGGAAAAACCUGACCAUGAGCUGGAGGCUGAAGAGAAGAAUAUUGCUGAGCCAGACACUCCAGUCAUUAAAUCAAGCAGGGCAAGGGGGGUGAAAACGUCUGUAAAAAAUGAGGUUUCACAAGCCAUUCCAGCCAAGAGAGCCCAUCGAGGUGCAGCUCUUCCCCUUGAUGAGUCCAACGCAGAAUCCACAGAGCCUGCGCCAACUUCAGUAGAGCCAGCCAAAAGAGGGAGACGGGCAGCAGCAGCAGCAGCAAAGCCCACAGCAGAUGAUGCCACAGUGACCGGAGAGCAGCCUAAUCCCGCUGAAGAUUCAAGCAAUGCUGUUGUGGAAGACACCGACAUGUCCAAACGAUCCGUGAGGUGGAAAGCAGAUGUGGAAGUCUUUGACAUUUCAAGAGUAAGCCUAACACCUGCGAAGGCAGUUCGAGGUAGGAAACCAAAAGGUGUGGUCCAAGUCGACACUGAAAGCACAAAUGUGUCAAAGGAUGCCAACGGAACUGAAGAGAAGGAUCUCUCAGACAAAGGUCGCCAGGCGAGGGGCAAAGGUCGCUGAUGUAACCACUGAUGAAGCGGAGUCCACACGCAAGGUGGAAAGUGUUGAGGCUGAGACACAGCCAAACACCCGAAGAGGAAGAAUCGCUAAGAAAUAAGUGUUUGUAUAUAUUCUUAAUCCUAACCACAUUUUUCUUAUCUUUUUGUAAUUAUCAUUGUUCUUAGAUUGUAUCGCAGUUUAGAAAGUAAUUUUAUAAAUUGAAAAUUAAGCACUGUUUUUUUUUUUUUUUCGUUCAGUACACCAGGGAAUUUUCUAACCAUUUAUUUUGUUACAAGCUGUAUGUUGUUCAUUUCUGAUUUUGCUAAUUUGUAUG